UUAACUUCAGCUUGUUUGCGUAUUACUUGCAGUGUAUUCCGUAUCGGGACGAAUGGGACAAUGGUUUAUUUUGUCAUAUUUGGGUAUCGAGAUGAAAGUUUCCUGAUCGGCUAACAUAAAUUAUCAAUGAAAUUGUGAUCGGUCAAUUUUGUCUUUGCACAGAGAACACCACAUUAUGUUCGUGCUCUGUACCCAAUCCGGCGUGAGUUCAACCAUAAUGUGUAUGCACUAAGCCCAGCAAGGAUAGUUUUGGCUGGCUAGUUGGUGAACAAUGCUGGGUAGCCAUGGGAUUCAACCUGUCACUGUGGUGUUUAACAACUCUAAAAACUGUUUCAUUCACCUUCCUUCCAACUUAGUAUCACAGCUUUGUCUUCAGGAGACUCAAGUUUUAGAGCUUUCCUGGGGGGUCUGUACUCCUGUAUAUCUAAGCUGGACGAGAUGUGUACAAAAUUCUAAUCGGAACGAAAACACUGUCGAGGUCAAUAGGCAGCUGGGUGACAAGCUUGGCAUCAAAGAUGGAGAGCAGGGCUUUCUGCGGCCCUGUCAGCAGGUUCUGUCUGUUCAACGGGUAAUGGUAGAGCCACUGUCUCCAGAUGACUGGGAGAUACUGGAGCUUCACAGCUCAGCGCUGGAACAGCAGCUCCUGGACCAGGUCCGAGUAGUUUUCCCGGCUGGAGUGUUUCCUGUGUGGGUGAACCAGUGCACUGUCAUCUACAUUCAAAUAGCCUCCCUUUCACCGUCCGUACCUUACGGACACCUGGAGCAGUUCACCGAGCUUGUGGUCUCGCCCAAAUCACGCGACGGUGGAGGGCACCCUGCCAGCGGUCUCCCCAGGCCCACAGGAGUUGGGGACCCAAACCAAAGCCCGCAUCUGCAGAGGCAGGAGAACUUUGAGGUCCCGGAGUCCCCCCAGACUUCUCCACUGGACGGCCCCGAGCCCAGUCCGGGCAUGUGGGGAGUCAGCCACCUGAAGAACCUGGUGCGGUACAUGCUCACAGGCACCGUUAACCCUGAUAGGGAGGUCCCCUCUGUUCCUGCAAUAGCCCCUCUCCUCAGGGACGCCCUGUUCCGUGUGUGUGGGACCCCGCCCUUCCCUGUCGGACACCAGGGGGCCCUGCAAGUCAUGCCCUGGGGUCACCACGAUGGCGAGGGUGACCGGGACCGAGCCGUGAUGACAUACGGUUGGGUCUCCCGGCAGCACUCGCCCAAAGAGCAGAGAGAGCGAGCGAAGCAGGCCUCAGAGAAGAAGAAAGGAAGUGCGGGCACUGCCCCCGGUGACGGAGGGCCUGGCACAGAUGAAGACCAGGAGCGGCCCUCAGUGGUCACGGUGGUCUGUCACUGUGUGGAGCAGAUCCUGGAUCUCCAGAACAGUAGUAGAGGGAGACAGCUCUACAGUGGGAGGGUCUGGAUUCCAGAAAUCUUGAGGAAGCGGCUAAAUAUUGAUAUGCACUCAGCUGUGAGAAUUCAACCAAUAAAAUCCACCCCUAAAUUGGCCACUGUAGUCCAACUGCAGCCAUUACAAGAACUGCAGCAGACUGAGAAUGAGCUGGACGUGCAGUCGGCCUUCCUGUGUUGGCUGCAGUCUCAAAGUGACAAUGGCCUGAGCUGUUUAACAGGCCCCUCUCAUUUCAUUACACUUCCUGUCUCUGAAGAAAACCUGGAGUUCACUUUGACUGUAUUAAAGCCAGAGUCGGAGAGUGCAAAGUCUGAUGAGGUGUUCUUGUUGACGGCAGGUCAGCUGCAGAAAACUAACAUACAGGUUGUUUGGGAGCCACUGACUGUCCCUGCAAAAGCUGAUGAUGACAAUGAUUAUCUCAGUUUUCCUUCACUGGACAGCCUUGGGGGAGUGGAGGACCUGAGUGUGAAGGCCUUCGAGCACAUCUCCUACAGUCUGCUGGGAGGGCCCCUGUCUGAAGUGCUGGGGGCCCUGACCCCAGGACUCAGAAACGGGGCCGUGUUGAUCACGGGCGCCAGGGGCAGCGGGAAGAGCGUUUUCUCCAGAGCUCUGUGCAGAAGGGCAGCAGAGGAGCUGGACACUCACGUGGAGGUGGUCGACUGUAAGAAGCUGAGAGGCAAGCGAGUGGACACGAUACGGCAGAGGCUGCAGGAUGUUUUUGAGCAGGCAUCGUGGAGACAGCCUUCAGUGGUGCUUCUAGAUGACCUGGAUCAUGUGACGGGGGCGGCUGUGUCCCCAGAACAUGAGCAUGGCCCAGAGGCAAUUCAUCGUCUUCAGUUAGCCCAGAGUCUGAGGGACCUGGCUGCUGAGGCCGUGCAGCAAGGCGGGCUCCUCACCCUGCUGGCCACCAGCCACAGCGAGCACUCCCUGCACCCAUCCCUGCUGGAGGCCCAGGGCUCCCACUUCUUCCAGUGCUUCACCCACAUACCGCCCCCGGAUCAGGCGCAGAGGACAGAGGUCUUGAGGGCCGUGGUCAGAGGUAAGAGCUUGGUCUCCCAGGACACCCUGGGUGCGCUGGACCUUGAGAGCCUGGCCAGGGAGACCGAGGGCUACCUCCCCAGGGACUUCACUUUGCUACUGGAGAGGGCCAUCCAUGCCAAUGCCCUGCACAACAGGGGCAGCUCUGUGCCAGAGGUGUGUUUAUCCACGUCUGACUUCCAGCAGGCCCUGAAGGGCUUCACCCCGCCCUCGCUGUGGCACGCCCGGCUUCACCCCCCCAGCGCCGUGGGCCUGGAUCGGGUGGGCGGGCUUCACCAGGCCCGGCAGCUGCUGAUGGACACCAUAAUGCUGCCCGCCAAGUACCCCGCGCUCUUCACCAACCUGCCGAUCCGACAGCGAUCCGGCGUGCUGCUGUACGGAGCCCCUGGGACAGGGAAGACCCUGCUGGCUGGAGCCGUGGCCAAGGACAGCGGCAUGAACUUCAUCAGCAUCAAGGGCCCGGAGCUUCUGAGCAAGUACAUCGGGGCGAGCGAGCAGGCUGUACGAGACGUGUUCCAGAGGGCCCAGUCUGCCAAGCCCUGCGUCCUGUUUUUUGACGAGUUUGAUUCCCUGGCACCGCGUCGGGGACACGACAGCACCGGUGUCACGGACAGGGUGGUCAACCAGCUGCUCACCCAGCUGGACGGGGUGGAGGGGCUUCAGGGCGUGUAUGUCCUAGCCGCCACCAGCCGCCCUGACCUCAUCGACCCUGCUCUUCUGAGACCCGGCCGCCUGGACAAGUCCCUGUACUGUCCACCGCCUGACCAGGAAGCCCGUUUGGAGAUCCUGAAAGCCCUGACCCAGUCGGUCCCCAUGGCGGGGGACGUGGACCUGGAGCAGAUGGCCAGCGCGACAGACUCCUACACCGGGGCGGAUCUGAAGGCCCUGCUGUACAACGCCCAGCUGGAGGCCAUCCACAGCAGCCUGGGGGCCGGCUACCUUCAUGACCUGGGCUCUGGCUCAGACAGCGACGUCAGUCUGUCCUCCAUGAUCUUCCUGAACCACAGCAGCGGGUCGGACGACUCGGCCGGGGAGGGCGAGGUGGGGCUGGAGCACGGCGCGGUUCUGCUGGACCCGGGGGAGCUUCCCCCGGAGGACCCGCACCACAACAUCUGGCGCCUCUACUUCGGGAGCUCCUACGAGUCAGAGCUGGGGAACCCGUCCCUCUCAGAGCUGAACUCUCAGUGCCUUUCGGGCCCAAACUCGGUGACCCAUGACCUCACGGGUGCGUCUCUGCGGGACCCGGUCUGCUCCCACACGCCCGUCUUCAUGACCUCCCUGCAGGAGGGCUACCAGGACCUGAGCCACGAGCAGCUGGAGCUGCUCCGCACCGACAUCGCCAGCAUCAAGACCAACUACCGCAACCGCCUCACGGAGGAGUCCGUUCUGCCACAGACGGGGCCCAGUAAACCGGCCCUGCUGAUCUGCCAGGCCCACCUGACCUCUGCCCUGGCCUCUACCCGCGCCUCCAUCAGCAGGCAGGACUGGAGGAGGUACACAGAGCUAUACGAGUCCUUUGGUUACUCAGGGUCGGAUGGGAAGACUCAAGGCAUGGCUGCAUUCAAACCAGGCCAACGCGUGACUCUAGCAUAGCAGAUACAUACACUCACUCAUUUUAUGGUUUUAUACUCAUUGCUCUUCUGCUGUUGUAGCCCAUCCACUUCAAGAGCGUGUUGUGUGUUCAGAGACGCUUCUUCUGCAUACCACUGUUGUAAUGUUAUUUCAGUCACUGUCAUCUUGAACCAGUCUGGCCCUUCUCCUCUGACCUCCCUCAUUAACAAGGCGUUUUUGCCCGUAGAACUGCUGCUCACUGGAUGCAGCAGUUCUGUUUUUCAUACCAUGCUCUGUGAACUCUAAAGAAAUGUUGUGCAUGAAAGUCCCAGGAGAUACUCAAACCACCCCAUCUGGAACCAACAAUCAUUCCAUGGUCACUUGGAUCACAUUUCUUACCCAUUCUGAUGUUUGGUCUGAAUAACAACUGAACCUCUUCACCAUGAGUGCAUGCUUUUAUGCAUUGAGUUUCUGCCACAUGAUUGGCUGACUCGAUAUUUACAUUAAGUAGACCUGUACACCAGCUUAUUAAAGCGCUCACUUGGUGAAUGGAGGCCUAUACCUCCCUGCCAUCUGUGAUAGUGAUUGUAUUUACUUUUGCGUGCCCCUGUCAUGGAGAUAGGGUGGUUGGAGAUCACAAUUUUCACCUUAUACAAAUUAUUUUAUAUGUUUACAUGAUAUAUACCAGAUUCAAUUCAACCAUCACAUUACAUUAAACUCUAAUUACCACCAAGAUUAUAUUGUAUAAUUAUAUAAUGUGAUUAAAACCAAGAUUACACUGUA